ACGAUUGGUUUGAUAUGCACCACCAGGAUAUUUUAACCAAUCGUAAUGCUUGAACAAUAUCCAUUUCACAAUUUCUUGUUUCGCGAAUAACAGUUUUGACUUACAGUUACGGCAUUGUAUUGUAUGUUUGUAUAUAUUUUAUUUGUGCAAUUCUUCCCGCCUAUUAUAAAUUAAAGAUAGCAAAAAUAUAUAGCAUUAUAUACAGUCUAUUUGAUAAAAAUGGGAAAGAAAACACUGGCAUCUGCCAGUAAGAGCAAGGAAAAGCGUCAAGCUAGAAAGCUUGAGCAGCGUCGAAUAGCCGACGGCAUGUCCUAUGUAACUUCUGCAAAUAGACUUAAAGACCUGGCGCCCUUGUGCAAAGAGUUGCUUGUGUAUUCAAACAAAGACUUAGAAAUUGACAUGUAUAUACAAAGGGUGACUGAACUCAACAGAAGUGUUCUGGAUUGGGCUAUAGACCUUACAGAAAGGAAUAUGAAGAGGCUCUAUGAGACAUGUGCAUGGGGUUGGAACAGAGAUCGUAAAGUUGAAGAAAUGACUGAUGAUGCUGCUUGGUACCUGAUUGCUAAGGAUAAAGAUAAUGCAUUACAGGCCUUCUCACAUUUCAGAUUUGAUAUGGACUUUGGAGAUCCUGUGUUGUACUGCUAUGAGGUUCAGAUCGAGGAGGGCGGCCGUCGUCGCGGGCUUGGUCAGAGAGUGCUCUGUGUUCUGGAGCGACUGGCUCAGGCCACACGGAUGAGGUGUGUCCGGCUCACAGCCCUCACGCACAACCCCUCGGCAGCUGCAUUUUUCAGAGCGUGCGGGUACAGUAUAGACGACACAAGCCCGCCCAAAGAGGAGACGAACCAUUACGAGAUACUCAGCAAGGCUACUGAACACGUGGAGGGUGAAGACUCCGAGGAACAGUCAAGAGAUGGCGCUAUACAAACAGACAUACACUGACCGAAUAAUGUUUUGUUAAAUAAAUUUUAAAAAAAUAUGUAUAUUGGUUUACUCUCA